ACCCAGCGGACCGUUUUUUUUCCAGACGAUCUUUUGGUUCACUGCUGGAAUUGAGAUGACCGCCGACGGGUAGACAAGCACAGUUUUCCUUGACUGACUUUUUUACAUUUUAGACACUGACGAGACUUUCUUAACAAACUCUUCACUUUUUAAACUGCUGAGGCACCAUUUUCUUCUGUUGUAUACAAGGCCUUGGGCCUCAUUGGUCUAAAAGCAAUGGUACUUAUUCUGGGCAGAAGACUGAACCGGGAGGACUCUGGAGUCCGUGAGUCCCCAGCUGUCAAGCGAAAGGUUUUGGAGAUGGACAACAAGUCCCUCAGUAAUCACGAUGUGUUCGAUUUCUCUUCCGGCCCGUGCCACUCCGAGAGCAUUCUGCAGAUGUUUAACGAGUUCCGUGACGGGCGACUCUUCACAGACGUGGUAAUCAGCGUGGAGGGUCGUGAGUUCCCGUGUCACCGGGCCGUGUUAUCGGCUUGCAGUAGCUACUUCCGUGCAAUGUUCUGCAAUGACCACCGGGAGAGCCGUGAGAUGUUAGUGGAGAUCAACGGCAUCCGUGCUGAGGCAAUGGACACCUUCCUGCAGUACGUCUACACCGGACGUGCCCGCAUCACUACAGAUAAUGUGCAGUUCCUCUUCGAAACCUCUAGCCUCUUCCAGAUCAGCACUCUGCGUGAUGCCUGUGCCAAGUUCUUGGAAGACCAACUUGAUCCUUGCAACUGCCUAGGCAUCCAGCGCUUCGCUGAUGCGCACUCCCUCAAACAGCUGGCCAGCCGCUGCCGCUCUUACGCGCUGCAGAGUUUUACCGAUGUGGCUCAGCACGAAGAAUUCUUGGACCUGCGUAAGGAGGAACUGGAGGAGUACAUUGCCAGUGAUGAGUUAGUCAUUGGAAAAGAGGAGACAGUGUUUGAGGCAGUGAUGCGUUGGGUGUACUACAACAUGGACCACCGCCGAAUCAUGCUUAGAGACCUUCUCACUCACGUCCGCCUGCCCCUGCUGCAUCCAAAUUAUUUUGUGCAGACGGUAGAAGGUGACCAGUUGAUCCAAAAUGCACCAGAGUGCUACCAGCUCCUGCACGAAGCAAGACGCUAUCAUGUCUUGGGCAAUGAAAUGAUGUCACCAAGAACCCGUCCACGCAGGUCUACUGGAUUUUCAGAAGUCAUUGUGGUAGUCGGAGGGUGCGAGAGAAUGGGGGGUUUCAACCUGCCAUAUACCGAAUGCUAUGAUCCUGUAACCGGGGAAUGGAAAUCCUUAGCCAAACUCCCAGAGUUCACCAAGUCAGAAUAUGCUGUGUGUGCCCUCAGGAAUGACAUUCUGGUCUCAGGUGGUAGAAUCAAUAGCAGGGAUGUCUGGAUGUACAACUCUCAGCUCAACAUCUGGAUCAGGGUUGCCUCUUUGAACAAGGGCCGCUGGAGACACAAAAUGGCAGUUUUGUUGGGCAAGGUGUAUGCCGUUGGUGGAUACGAUGGUCAAUCCCGACUAAGCAGCGUCGAAUGCUAUGACUCGUUCUCAAACCGCUGGACCGAGGUGGCACCGAUGAAGGAGGCGGUCAGCUCGCCAGCUGUUGCCAGCUGUGUCAACAAGCUGUUUGUGAUUGGAGGAGGACCUGACGACAACACAUGCUCUGAUAAGGUUCAGUGCUAUGACCCAGAGUCUGACUCCUGGUUGUUAAGGGCCAACAUUCCCAUUGCUAAGCGCUGCAUCACAGCGGUAUCGCUGAACAAUCUCAUUUAUGUUUCUGGAGGUCUGACCAAGUCCAUCUACUGCUAUGACCCCACUGAAGAUUACUGGAUGCAUGUAGUCCACACAUUCAGCAAGCAGGAAAGCUGCGGUAUGUCGGUAUGUAACGGAAAGAUCUAUAUCCUGGGUGGCCGUGGUGAAAACGGAGAAGCGUCAGACACCAUCCUGUGCUAUGACCCGUCCACUGGCAUCAUCACGGGCGUGGCCGCCAUGCCCCGCCCCAUUUCUUAUCACGGCUGCGUCACCAUCCAUCGCUACAAUGAGAAGUUCUACCAUUCAUGACAUUAAAAAGCACACUCGCACAGGGACACGAAUAAACUGAGCCUUACUAUAGAUACCGUAGCAUUACGAUAGAUAAGGUGAGUCCCAAACCCCUCUGUCCACAGUUAACUGACAGUUACACAAUAACCCAUUUCAGUGUACAGCAUAAACAUUUACUCACCCUCACACCGUUCCAAACCCACGCGACUUUUCUUCUAAUGACAACAUAAGAAGAUAUUUUAGCCAAAAUGAAAUUAGACCCCAACUGACUUUCUUUGUGACUUGUAUCUGUUUUCUGCCAGCCUGAUUGACGGAUACAGAUUGUGUGUGGAUUUGCAUAUUUCCAAAUCCGUUACCCAAAUCCGUUUAAACUGAUUGACCGCUGUUAGGCUACGUUUUCUAGCUGGUGUCUGAUCCUCACUUUGUUGUUCCUGAUUAUUAAUUGUUUUUAUUUGUGAUUUGUUUCUUCCACUUCAUUACUAUUAUUGCAUUUUAUUCUAAUGUAUGGUGUAAGUGGUUGUUUUGAGUGGGUGAAUAGUGCGAUUUAUUUGCGUCUGGUGGAUUGCGAUGUAAGUGUGUUUGAAAAGAUUCAGAUGGAUGUGUGCGCGUGAUACAUACACAGAAUAUGCUGGAACCACUUUCUGUUGAGCUCCCAUUUCUAAUGGGGAAAUAGUUCACAAUAUCCAUCAGGCACCAAAAAUGAUCUAAUAUUUCUUUAUGUAUGUAUGCAUGUAUGUAUUUGGGUGAUGCUAAUUGUAUUUAGAAGUAGAAUCUUUUGCUGUAAUGACAUUUAACGAAACACGUUUGCUCUUCGCGUCUAAAAGGAGCUUUACUACAUCGAUUAGCCUCUCCAUUAUUAUUCCGUAUAAUUUAGCGACAUGCUUUCUUGCAUACAAUGUAGAAUACAAGCAGUGACGUCUUGUUUCUAAGUGAAUCAUGUUAUGUUCUUUCACUUUUUAAGUUAUUUAUUCUUUAUACAUGUCUGAAAUCCCCAACAAGGCACUUAAGUCAGUAUAUUACAGUGUCCUGUAUGUAAAUAUGAAUUUGAUAAUCUUACUUCAGGUUUACUGUAUCAGUAAGUGUUUGCAAUGGUGAAGCAUCAGGCCAAAUGGCCAGUUCACACUCUCCGCUCCCAUAAAACUCGUCCUAUUUUGUUCUCACAAUAACCUGAGCUCAGUAUUUGUGUGUACAGUGCAGUGACGUAGCAGCAAAAGAUUGUGUGUUCGUGCACCGGGGAUUCCAAGAGCAGUGAUGUCAGCUCUGUUGCCUGCUUUCGGUUAGCAGGAUUGUUUAGUUUGGUCAGCUGCACGAACAGAACAAUAGAGGACACACGUUGUUUUUUUUUUUUUACUCUGACAAAUGUACAAUGUUAACUGCAAGACCCCUGCGCACAUGCAACAUGCACAUAACACAACAUGGCCUUUCUAGAACUUUUUGGUGUGUAUUUUACGACCGUAUGUUUGUGUAAAUAAAUGGUGUGAGUUUGGUGUCUUUUGGCUACAUAGGCUUGUUUUUUUUCUGAUAACUUUAAGUUGCUAAAAGCCAUAGGCGGAAUGAGUUUCUUUCUUUUUUUUUUAAAUUUUACAAAUGUUUCUUUUUGAAUGGGUCCUUUGGGUAUUGAAUUAUAUGUGCAUGCCAAAAAUUAUUUAACUCGCAUGUCAAAAAAAAAAGUAUGCGCCUUUAGUGCUAAUUAGUGAUGGUUUGGCAGAGGAAAGUGCCAACUUAAGAAAAUAUUACUUAAGUGCAUUAAAAGUAAUUACUAUUUUGUGCCUUGAUACACAUUUGACAACUAGCCAAAGACGUGUGAUCGGUUUUGUCUGUUAGUUCAAGUACAAUAUUGCGAAAGAAUCUGCAAGCCUUUUAUGUCAUCGUUUUAUGUGUAAAACUGUCACUAAAUUCUGAGUACCAGAAAUGUACGAGAGCUUAAUGUGCUGUAUAUGCAUACGUUCUUUCAAUAAAGCUAUUUUUAGUAUGGAUUUGUA